GGACAGCAAGCAUUAGGCUCUGAUUUUUCCUGCUGCCUGGCUAGUGACCUCCCUACAGGAAGAUAACGGAUAAACCAGGGGGGCGGAGCAGCUCCCUACACAUGUCUGGCUUCUCUUAUCAACUUAUCAUAUAAGGAAAGGAAAGUGAUUGAUUUGGAUACUGACACUGUAGAAUCUGGGGAAAGAGAAACAUGAAAGCGGCUCUCUAAAGCUAAUACAGCCCUCCAAGUGAGCAGGACUAUUCUUCCCACUGCGAUCUGACAGUUGACUGUGUGCCUGGAGAGAAGACAGCAUUAAAAACCAAGUUUGCUACUGAAAAAGGAGGAAAAAGAAGACUUUCACUGAUGGACUUAGCCAUGCCAGCAUAGCCUUGAAUUUUCCACAGCAGUUUAGGACUCUGGACUCUUAUGUGCCUUGAGGUUUGCUAAACUGGUGGUUUAUUACUCAAAGAAAGAAAGAAAGAAUGUGGCAGAUUGUUUUCUUUACUUUGAGCUGUGAUCUUGUCUUGGCCGCAGCCUACAACAACUUUCGCAAAAGCAUGGACAGCAUAGGAAAAAAGCAGUAUCAGGUCCAGCAUGGGUCCUGCAGCUACACUUUCCUCCUGCCGGAGAUGGACAACUGUCGCUCUUCCUCCAGCUCCUACGUAUCCAAUGCUGUGCAGAGGGAUGCACCACUAGAUUACGAUGAUUCGGUGCAGAGGCUGCAAGCACUGGAGAGCAUCAUGGAGAACAACACUCAGUGGCUAAUGAAGCUUGAGAAUUACAUCCAGGACAACAUGAAGAAAGAGAUGGCGGAGAUGCAGCAGAAUGCAGUGCAGAACCAGACUGCUGUGAUGAUAGAAAUAGGAACCAGCCUGCUCAAUCAGACAGCAGAGCAAACACGGAAACUAACUGACGUGGAGGCCCAAGUAUUAAAUCAGACAACAAGGCUUGAACUUCAGCUUCUGGAACAUUCUCUUUCUACAAACAAAUUGGAAAAACAGAUUUUGGAUCAGACCAGUGAAAUAAACAAAUUGCAAGACAAGAACAGUUUCCUAGAAAAGAAAGUGCUAGAUAUGGAAGACAAGCACAUAGUUCAACUACAGUCCAUAAAAGAAGAGAAAGACCAGCUCCAGGUGUUAGUCUCCAAGCAAAACUCCAUCAUUGAAGAACUGGAAAAACAAUUAGUGACGUCCACAGUGAAUAAUUCAGUUCUUCAAAAGCAGCAUCAUGAUCUGAUGGAGACAGUUCGUAAUUUAGUGACUAUGAUAUCAACAUCAAACUCAGCUAAGAACUCCUUUGUUGCUAAAGAAGAACCAAUCAUUUUCAGAGACUGUGCUGAAGUAUUCAGAUCAGGACAUACCACUAAUGGCAUCUACACGUUAACAUUUCCUAAUUCUACAGAAGAGAUAAAGGCUUACUGCGACAUGGAAACUGGUGGAGGUGGGUGGACUGUUAUUCAGCGACGUGAAGAUGGCAGUGUUGAUUUUCAGAGGACUUGGAAAGAAUAUAAAGUGGGAUUUGGUAACCCUUCAGGAGAACACUGGCUGGGAAAUGAGUUUGUCUCACAACUGACUAAUCAGCAACGCUAUGUGCUUAAAAUACACCUUAAAGACUGGGAGGGAAAUGAGGCUUACUCAUUGUAUGAACAUUUCUGUCUCUCAAAUGAAGAACUCAAUUAUAGGAUUUAUCUUAAAGGACUCACAGGGACAGCCGGCAAAAUAAGCAGCAUAAGCCAACCAGGAAAUGACUUUAGUACAAAGGAUGCAGACAACGACAAAUGUAUUUGCAAGUGUUCACAAAUGCUAACAGGAGGCUGGUGGUUUGAUGCAUGUGGUCCUUCCAACUUGAACGGAAUGUACUACCCACAAAGGCAGAACACAAACAAGUUCAAUGGUAUUAAGUGGUACUACUGGAAAGGGUCAGGCUACUCACUCAAGGCCACCACCAUGAUGAUCAGACCAGCAGAUUUCUAAAUGUCUGUGUAUACUUGACAAAGAGCAUAUUGUACUAUUUUGAAAGAAUUAAUCCCACAGCACUGAAGACACUGCUGCACACUGUCUCUCCAUGUCAGACAGCAUGCUUUUGGGUGCCGACAGGGUCCAAAUGCUCUAGAUUAGAGACCUGUAAACUUCAUCAUUUUAACCUGCAUCACUUAAAGAACCAAAGCAAAACCCCAAACAAGCAACGAUCUGGCACUGAAAUCUGGCAGAACACCUAUGAGAAGGUGGAUUCAAGGUUGAGAGUUAGACUGACAAUUUACAGACUCUGCUGUCACAACCAAGAAUGUUAUGUGAGAGUUAAUCAGUAAAUAACUGGAAAACAGAACACUUAAAUAGUACAGAUAAUCUUGGACUGCAUUCCUUUAAGCACUGUUUAUAGAUUGUGUAAAUAUCCAUAUGUCCUGAAUUCAGCAUCACUAUCACAAUUAAAUGAAAGUAAAAAUUCUCUAAGCUAUAAAAAUAUAUUGUAUAUUCAGGGAUUUUCUGAGAAGUGGCUACUAGCAGUUUAAUAUUUGGAAAAACACAGUGCUUUGUUUUUUACUUUGCCUCUUAGGUGCUUUAAAUUUUAAUUUUGAAAAUAGCAUAUUUACAUAAAUAUUGACAGCUUAGUUUUAAGUCAACGCUCAAAUACAUAUUUCAAGAUUAUAUGAUGAAAAUUUCCAGGAUAUCUGAAAUUAUCAACAGACGUGUGCCAUUUUAGUUUAUAUGAAGAUUGUACUAUUUUUUUCUGCCCAGCUGUUAAAUAUGAAAGUAUUUUUAGUAAUUAAAUAUAACUUAUUAGGUGAGAUGACUACGUUCAACUUUUAUGGUAAUAUUUACAAUUUUACAGUUCACAUUUCAAUUCUGUUCUGAACAACGGAUUGUGCCUAACAAGGAAAAUUAUGAUUUUUAAUGAUGAAGAAAAUUAUACAUUUAUUUCCAUGACAAAGAAACUAUACUAUCUUCUCACUAUUCUAAUAGAGAUCUAUUUUCUCUUCUAGUACGAUAUAUUUUAGAGAAUGAGGCUACGAUUUAAUUUGUGGUUGAGAAAAACCUUCCAUUUAAGAUAUUUACAAAGCUGUACUUCUCAAGAUUCACCCCUAAAUUCAAAUUAAAAAGUAAUUUGCACUA